AUGCUGCGGCCGGAGCCCCUCUGCCUCCUCCUCCUCCUCCUCCUCCUCCUCCUGCACGUCGGCCGGGCCGCCUCCCCCGCCCCUCCGCCCACCCCGCGCCCGCUCAACGGCACGGAGGCGCCGCAGGCGGCCGCGGGGAACGGGACGCCGCCGGGCCCGUCGCCGGGAUCGCGGCGACCGCCGGGGUCGGGGCUGCCGGUGCUGAAGCGGGCGGUGUACGUGCUGAGCGCCCUCUCGGCGCUGGCCGCGCUCUAUUUCCUCCUGCGGGCCUUCCGCCCCAGGUCAGAGGGACCCAGAAACGAGCGCAAAACUCAUUCCAGGUUGAAGAAACCCCAGCGGAAGAAAUACGGCCUUCUGUCGAACUACGACGAGAACAUAGAGAUGGCCUCGUUCGACAGCGACGAGGACACGGUGUUUGAAACGAGAAAUCUGGGGCGGUAA